CAAUCGUUCCUCGGCCGCACCCCGUUUUCCUCCGCUCCGACCGCCGACGAUUUGCGUCUGCGACGCGCAGCAGCCUUCUCUCCCCUCCUUGGCCGGUUAAAAGGCAAAAAACAAGAAAAAAAAAUGACGUUCGCCCUGGUCAUGAGGCGAUCGGGCCUCGUGGCGGGCCGCCGCGUGGCCCGCUUCGAGUCGACCAGCAGCACAACAAAACAGGCCGCCGAGGCCGCCAAGCAGGCCGCCGCGCAGUCCUCGUCGACCGCGUCCGAGACCACGAGCAAGGCUGCCCAGGGCCUGUCGCGCGUCACGUCGGCCGCCGGCCCGGCCAUCGCCAAAACCGCCAAGGGUGUGUCGAGCGCUCUGAGCCGCGUCGGCGGCCGGACAGGUCGUCUGAUCGCUUUUGUCGAGCGCCAGACGCCCCUCGUCGUUUACUACUCCAAGGUUGGCCUGGAGUUGGCCAAGCUGGUCGUCAAGGGCCAGAACAUGUCACCGCCUUCCAUUUCGACCUUCCAAAGCUACUUCCAGAGCCUAUGGAAGCAGCUGCAGCACCCCGGCACUUUCUUCUCGAGCCUCCUGCAGUCUGUCAACCCGCAGCAGAUCCGCAACAUCUCGAGGACACAAGUGGCGGCUGGCGGUGUGGUCCUGGCCGAGUGCCUGGGCUUCUUCACCGUCGGCGAGAUGAUCGGCAGGUUCAAGCUGAUUGGCUACCACGGCGAGACGCAGGCUGCUCACCACUGAGCUGAUAUCCGGGUUCACGUUUCGAGGAGAAGUGGAAAGAGGGGGGUGUUGGUUUAGAGUGAUGCGCUUUCCUCGCGUCUGCGCCAGGCGAUCUCUCGCUUUCUGUUGCAUUUCCCGGCGGCGGCCGGCAAAUCUGGGGAGGCGCAAGGGAGGCAAGUGAAGGGGGGAUUCUGCGUUUUUUCUCGGGAAUAGACUUGGUGGCGCAUCCGGGGGCCGCCGCCCAUACUAGACUCGCCGACACCUCUUUCCCCGGGGCGUCCCUGGGGAUACCUAUCACAACCUAGCCAUGAGGCGCCCCGGAUGGGCUGGGUUGUUUCAUGCUAGCCCGCCUUGGCUAAGUGUGGGAGGUAUGGCAGACCAUCCGGAAGAGCACGCCGGAAACGGGGAAGGGUAAAGGCUCAUCUUUCUUCCCUAUCUUGUCUGUACAUUUCCGCCGGUCCUAGGUGUGUCACAGCAGAGGACCCUGUGUUCUUUUUCAUUUGUCGCCCUGUACCUCUAAAGUCGAAUGCAUGAAGCCAAAUCAAGGCAAAUUUACCCCGGCU